CUGGAGCGUUGGCUCCCACUGCUCCGUGGCAACGCUGCUCUUGUGCCUUUGGGAGCUGUGGGAUGUUACUGGUGGCGGGAAGUGGGGAACAUCCAUGUCCCGGGAGGAGGUGGAGGUGCUUGGAGGAGAGAGAUGUCUGAGGAGGGGUUGGAGGUGGGCAGGAGGGGCUCACAGGAAGGUGCCCAGGACACAAUUGCAACGCGCCAGGGGCUGAUUCUGGAGAAAACCUCCUGCCCAGACUUUGCUGCACCAGACAAAGUCUCCUGGUCUUUCUGGAAGCCUCUGCUUGUCUCUCUCCAGCUUGUCUCCAACCCAAGAUGUUUUCCUGCCAGCACAGUGGGUGACCAGAGGCUGAGCAGCUCAGCCCUGGGUUGUCUGGGGUCUCUGCUCUUCAUUUUGCUCCUUAAAUCUCUUCAUCGUCUCUUGCAAUCAAUCUUCCUCCAGAAGAGAGCCCAGUGCCUUGAAAUCACUCUAAGCCUGUGGCUGCUCUCGCCGGCCGCUUCCCAGAGAUUUAAUCCUGGCUGCAGCUCCCUCCUGGCACUGCCUGGCUGGUGGCAAGAGCCUGGCUGGUGGCAGGAGUUUGCCUGCUCUUGCUUUGGCACCUCAGCAGGAGGUUGGUUUGUCCCCAGCUGGAUGGGGACAGCUCCCAGACGUGUUUCACCUCCUCAGCCUGGGCAGAAGAGCUGAGAUCCCUUUCUGGAAUGGCAUGGAGGUAAGGAUGAGUCCUGGCAUCACAGGGGGGUUGGACCCCAGCGCUGGGGUGCAGGGUGAGGAUGGUCUCUGUGCCUUGGGCUCUUCCACACAAAACUGUCAGACGGCCCCUCCUGCCUGGGAGCAGCCAAGGGAAGACGCUUGGUCUGUCCCCCGUGGAGCAAGGAGUCAUCCUGGCUGUCACCCCCACAGGGAAAGGAAGCCCUUGCUCUCACGUUUGGCCACGAUGGAGGGCUACAGGGCCACAGGGCUGGCUGGGGACGUUUUAAGAAGAUAAGAGUGAUUUCUUGCUGCUCGUGCUGGCAGGGGCCGGCGUGGCCAGAGCCAGGAGGAUUAAAACAAUUUCAUAAUCCUGGUGAUUUCCUUUUGAUCGGGAUUAUGAAACCAAUCACGAAUAUCAGAAGCCACAGCUUAAAGCAGCAGCCGGAGCGGGGCCGGGAUGCCCAUGGCCCCCACAGCGCCCCUCCUGCCCCCCAGGGACGGCAGGUCUGGCACCUCCAGGUAAGCACUGCCCACCCGGGACCCUCGUCCCGACUGGCGGGGUCUCGAGGGGGCAUGGGGGGGUUUGGGGUGUGGGGAGCGGGUGUGUGUCACAUGCUGGAUCUAGGGGUGAUGAUAUGUGGAUGCACCGAGCUCGGCUCCCACCAUGCUCCCGCCUGGAGAGGCUCGGCUGGCCCUGCCUCGCCCUGGGGCCCGGCAGGAUUUGGCCUCCAGGAAAGCAGGAAUGUUUAGCACAGCUGCAAACGUGUGAUGCUCACAGGAGGGUGCCGGCAGCCGGCAGGCUUUGCUGUUGGAGAGGGUUGUUGAAGAAAACACCCCCACCCCGCGGGACCACCCUCCCCCUCUUUUUGGAGCCUCUGGAAGCCCCAGCCACCAGUGCGGGACACAGACCCCUUGGCACCCAGCGCCCAGGGAGGUGGGCUGGGUUUGCUCCCGCCGCCUCCCCAGCCCGCAGCCCAGACAAAGGACAUUCCUGAGAGCGGGCCAAGGCAGCUGGGAUCCCUCCGUCCCGGGGUGUUGGAUUCCCCUCCUGUGGGGUCCCCUCGGUGGCAACGCGGGGUGUUGGGUCGCCCCUUCUGUCCCUGACGUGUCGCGUGGCCGCGGUGGCAUCGCCCUUCGGGGCCACCCGCCCGCCGGAGCGGGGACGGGCCGGGUUUGGCCGAGUGCCCCGGCUCCUCUCCCCCCAUGUCCCGCAGAGGAGGAGGAGGAGGAGGCGGCCGGGGCGGGAGGCAGGGCCAGCCACGGCCCCACAGCCCAGCCAAGCGGCUGAGCUCGGGCUCGGCUGGAGGGGCCGGGAUUUGCUGGUUUGUCCUUGGUUUUUUUAAUUUCUUUUUUUUCCCCUCCCCUGCUUCCUUCCCUUCUUCCGCUUUCUUCUCCCUCUUCCCAGCCCACUCCUGAUGCUGCUCCGGGGGUAAGGAACAGCCCUCGCCUCCCGCCCGCGACCCCGUCCCGCUCAGCGCAGGGCUGCGGGGAGCCGGGGGGCGAUGGGGCCCGGGGGGUGUCAUGGGGAUGCUCCUUUAGUCCUGGCCGCGGGGGAGGCUCCUCCAGGGGUUCCAGUGAGGACAGGAUGCUCCCAGCGGGGCGCAGGAGGGCAUUGGCACCUGGGUGCCACCGGGACCACGAGGCCGGCGCAGGACCAGUGCCACGUGUGACCUCGGGGGCCGGGGCGGAGCAGAGGGUGGCGUCGGUCUGGCGGCACCUUCGGCGAGUUGUAGCCGGGAGGGAUUUCUGUUCUGGGGAGUUUUGGGGCCCCUGUUUGUCUCAGAAAGUACCGGUUCCCUCCGGGGCAUCUUGCUGGGUGCCCCAGGGCGCCUGAAGCAGCGUGGGGCACCCGGACUGCAGCUUAGCCUUUGGCCACCUGCUUCGGGGAACCACCGCUCCCCAUUGCUCCUCUGCUGCUCCCCCGCUCCCCCCUCUCCCCAGCGAUGCCGGCACGGUGUCAGUGUUCCGGGUGGGUGGCUGGGCGGCCUCGUGCUGUGCCACCUCCCUAUCCCCCUCCUCCUCGAGCACACUCUGGUGCCAUUGCACGCGUUUUCCCCCCAGCACAGGUAUCCCCAUCUCUACAGAGCCUGGGGCAGGCGGGUGAUGCCCUUUGUGGAGGCACAACUGGGGUGCUCUGGAGGGCAAGGGCGGUGUGGGAGUCACCCACCCACCCUCCCCUGGCUUUUCUCUCUGCAGGACUCAUGGAGGGGAGCUCUCCCACUGAGGCACGGCAUGUGCCGCGGCCCCCCAGGCAGCACAGCCAGAGUGGCAGCCGGACCCCGCUGGAGCGCCCUGAGGCUGCCCAUGGCUCCCACACCGUCCUGGAAAGCAAGGUGAAGGCACUGAAGGAGAAGCGGGGGGGGGGCCGGCCGGGGACCCCCGCAGCCACCCCCGAGCGCUCCUCGCCCAAGAAACCCCGGCCCCGGCGGGGGAAGCUGGGGGUGGAUGUGGCAGCGGUGGAGCCACGGGCUCAGCUCCGAACCUACCUGACGGAUGGGCUGCUGGAUGGUGGGGAGCCUGUGGAUGGCAGCCCCCCAGCCCCGGCACCCCGCCCUGGCACCCCGGGGCUCUGGCGGGUGCCGGCACACAGGGCGGAUGUGCUGGGAGGCACCGAGCUCCUGCAGGACAAGGGCAGCAGGUCUCGGCGCUCUGCCUCCCUCCAUGAGAGACACUCCCGGGAUGAAGAGGCACGAACCCCGCCGUGGGACCGGGGGGGUCCCUCUGUGUCCCCCCCUGCAGCGGAGGGCUGGGAGAGGCUCUCGUUGUCCGAGCGGGUGGAGAGGAACCGGCGGCUGCUGCAGGAGGUGCUGGGCCUUGCUGCUCCUGAGAUGCCGGCGAGUGACGGCGACUGGGACUCGGGGGUCUCACUGCAGGAUGCUGAGGGCUGCAGGGCCUUUGUCCCUGGGCAGGAGCUCGAGCUGAGCCCGCGGCACGAGCAGGCCAAGCAGCUGCUGCAGCGCGCCCGCAUGAAGGCUCGGACGAACCCCCUGCGCGCCAGCCACGACAUCCUCCUCCUCCCCACCGCCCUCCCGCACCCCAGGGAGCCCAGCGGGAGGCCGAGUGUGGCCCCGCGGGACGGCGGGAGCCUGAGCGACUCGUCCAGCGGGGAGUCGAGCUGCGGGCGGCCGCGGCGGCCGCGGGGACCGUCCCCAUCCCGCGUCCGCUUCGAGGACGAGUCGGCCCGCGACGCCGAGGUGCGGUACCUGGAGCGGCUGCAGCUGCGGCACCGGCGGGCACUGAGCUCGGCGCUCUCCUCGCCGGAGCCAGCCGGCAGCAGGCAGCCGGGGGACGGGGCUGGCCAGCCCAGAGCCCGGAGUGGUGACCUCGUGGCCGGGGGCAAGUGCAGCGCCUGCGGCUCCUUCCUCGGUGCUGCCGCCGGCCGGGGCACGGACGCACAAGCUGCCGCCAAUGCGGCCCAAAGCAGCCCUGCGGCACAAAGAAACAUCCCGGGGGAUAGCAGGGGGCCGAACGCUGCCCAGACAGAGCCCAAAAUCAGGCCCCUGGGCCCCGGAGGGUCCCCACUGUGGAUCCUCCCCUCCCGGCAGCGCAUCCACACUGAGAAGAUCAAGGAGACGUACAUCGGGGACGUCACCUACAUUGAUGAGGUGGACUCGGCCCUGGAGAGCACCGACACCUCCGACGGCUGCCGGACGGACAGUGAGGAGGCAGGACCCCGCAGCCCCCACCUGCGGGGGCACCGGGACCCCCGGACUCGCGGGCACAGAGCCCCCCGUGCCACCCCACCACCAGAGAUGAGGGCCAGGAAGGGGACCUGUGUGGCCAGUGGUGGCUCCCACGCAGAGGACGGGGGGACCUCAGGUGGUGCCAAAAACCAAACAGGGGCUGUUUGUCCCCCGCCGCCGAGGAGAGCCAGCAGCCGGGAGGAUGGGGAACCACAUCGGUAUCUGGGGGGCAGCAAGGGGGUGGGGAGCACCACUCAUCCCCCACAGCAGCCCAGUGAGCCCCUGGACCCUUCCUCUCAGCUGAUGACCAGCACCCCCAUUCCAGGCACCCACCUCCCUGCUCCCCCCCCCAUCAAGAAGGCCUGCUCCCAGGUGCCUUGCAGGAAAGCCCUCUUCUCCAGUGGCAGCCGCCGUGCAUCGAGCCAAGGAUCCCAAGGCCCAGAGCCGAAUGCUGGCAGCGCUGCCUCCCCCCAGCCUGGGGGCACAGAGGGGCGGAGAAGUCCCUGCAGCCCCAGAUGGCUCCCGGGGAGCCCCCUCCGUGCCUUGUCCACCAACAACUGCAACAACACCCACGGGCAGGAUGCCCCGGGGGCAGGCAGAGGGGCAGUGUCACAUCCCACCGCCGGCCCUGCCACACCCGUGCCCCAGGAGGCUGCUCAUCCCCCCGGGGAAGGUGCUGGGACACCUGGAGCGCAGCAGCAGCAGCAGCAGCACCCGGCUGGGAGCGCAGCACAUGGGGAGCUGGGGCGGCCAGCGAGCCGCAAGGGCAGCAGCGCUUCAGCAUCGGGGCUGAAGAAGCUCCUGUGCAGCCUGAGCCAGAGCACCAAGGAGCGCCUGGGCCGCUUCCGCUGCUACAGCAUGGAGCAGCUCCCGGCCCCCGGCAGCUCCCCCUCGGGGGGCUCUGGUAUGAAGAAGUCGCCCUCCCUGCAGUCCCUGCAGCUGGUGUCACCCUUCUGCCAGCCCCAAAAAGCCUCCUCUAUCCAGAGCCUGCAUCCCCUCCUGGGCAAAGCACCCCGUGCCAGCGCCUACCUCCUGCCCCAGACCACAGCCGACAGGAAGGGGGGCUCGGGGCCGCGGCGCUCGCUGAGCGUGGAGGACAUCGGGGCGCCCGGCCGGCUGCGCGCGGUGGGACGCGUGGUGGAGGUGUUCCCUGAUGGCACCAGCCAGCUGGAGCUGCAGCGACCCCCCAACGGCGCCUUUGGGUUCUCCGUCACCUCCGGGCACGGCCGGCCCGACACAGGUGUGUACGUGCAGGAGAUGGCGGAUGCCGGCACGGCCAAGCUGUACGCGGGGCUCCUGGGCGUGGGGGACGAGAUCCUGCAGGUCAACGGCGCGGCCGUGUCGGGGCUGGGGCUGCCCCGCAUCCGUGAGCUGCUGCUCCAGGCGGACACCCUGUCCCUCCGCGUGCUCCGGCACCGCCCGCCACCACGGUAGCCCUGGCACGGCUCCUGCAAAGCUCAGCGUGAGGAGAAUGAAAUCCCAACGAUGUCCCAGGAUGCUGCAGGAUGGCACAGCGUGGACCAAGCUGCCUCGUGGCACCAGGACCUGCCCUGCUCUGGUGCAGUACUUGCCUCACACUGCAGUGGGGGCAGGUGGCUUUUCCAGCCCCCCCUGGAGACAGACCGGGAUCAAGGACCCCCCCCAGACAGUGUCCAGUGUCUCCAGAAGCUGCCCCAAGUAUGGGGACAGGGAACAGCCCAGCCCUGACAGAGCCAGGCAGGUCUGUCCUGCUGGGCACUGAGAUGACCAGUGUGGGGAUGCCCCAUCUCUGUGACCCCAGGAGACAGGGGGCUCCUUGCCAGUGCUGCCAACCUGCACCCACAGGCUGGUGGGGUUCUUUUAAAUUAUUUCAAACUGAAACCCAAAAAUAUAUCUCUGGAAUAAUGAAAUACUGCCCUUGGCUUGCGGCUGGCAUGGAGGGGCUGGGGUUCUGCUUGCUGGCAUGGGCCGGGGGUGGGUGCCUGUUUUCCCAUGGCGCUGCUGGGGGUGGGGAGGACCUCAGUCUUGGAGAGUUUGAGUUCUUUUUUCCAGCCAUGGAAGGGGAAACUCGUGCCAAAAUGUGUCUCUCCAGCAGAUAGAGGUGGCAUGGCAGCAAUGGCUGCCCUCUGCAUGGCGGUGUCCCACAUCUGGGCACAUCUGCCUGCAGCAUCCCCAACAUCUGAGCACAGCUGCCUGCAGUGCAGAGGGGACCCCAAAACCUGCAGUGCCUCAAAAGCCAGGAGGGUGAUGCCCAGCAGAUGCUGGUGAGAGUUUUCCCCACUCCCUAGUGCCACAGGACCCUCUGCUUGUCCUGGAGCAAGAGUCAGGUGAGGACUGGAGAUCUGCACUUGCUGCACCUUUAUUUAGUGUUAACGGGAAGGGCACCACCAGCGACAGAAAAGCAAAUAUACACAGGAAAAGGGACCAGAGACAGUUGGGUGGUGUGCAGUGAUUCCAGAAGCUGGGCCACCCCCUGGACUACUGAAGGAGCAGUCCUGCACAGGAGUCAUUCCCAGAGGAUGCACAACCACACCGACAACAAUGCAGGGAUCGGAGGUGUGCAAACACCGUCCGGCAGCGAGCCCAGCUCCAUGGCCAGACUCACGCUCCCGGGAACCUGCUCUUGGAGAGGUAUAAGCCCGAGGAGAGCGGUGCAGACACUGCGAUAGCCAGCCCUGGAAAGCAGACACCGCCUAUUCCUUGCAGCGUAACCAAAGGAAACGGGAUGCUCUGCAAGGAUAAGGAGCCACUGUGAAAUGAGGAGUGCGGGUGGGCUCCGAGGGCACCACGUGUGCGUUAACGGCGAGAGCACCCGGGUGGGCGCAGGGCAGCUCGGCUGGGCCCCCAUCCGGCACCCGGCUGCAGAAGGCACGGUGCCACCAGCUGUGCAUCCAGCGGCGGGGACGGGGGGCACACAGACCUUGGAGGGAGCCACAAACCCGGUGGGGAGGAGUGUUCAGUCCUGGAGGUAAAGCCAUCCGGCGGCGAGCUUCCAAGGCUGGGAGGACGAUUUUGGGGGCGAUUUGGAAUUUCAUCAGAAGUCUUUGUGUCAGUGCCAAUUAACUUCCUCCCCCAGCCCAUCUGGGAGCCAUAAGCCAGGCUGUCCUGAGUCUUUUCAUGUUUGCAGCUUAAAUAUGGGAGCAGACUGGAGUAAGAAACCGUUUUUGCUUUCCUGAAGGGUCACCCCACAUCCCAUAAUCAGUGCUUGCAGCAUGACCCCUGUGCCUGCCUGUUCCUCCCCAGUGACACUUGCCCAGGUGAGCUUUCUUCGCCACAUUUUGGUAUUGCCCACCUGGCUACUCCACAUUCCCUGUACGAGGGAGACAACUUGGCUACCUGACACUGCUGAGACAACUCAAGUGACAAACAACUUGGAGGUAACAAAAGGACUGGGAAGGAAUACGGGAACAUGAUAUAGCUUUGAAUCUCCAGCCUUUUGGUUGCUUAAAAUGGAGGUGUCCAAAAAAUAAUGGUUGGGAAAAAUUAAAACAUCAUAUUUACAAGUUCAUAUGCACUUAAAAUACAUCACUGAGCACUGUUUCUCUGAUCAUGCAUGUCGUGCACCUGCAGAGAGAACGUGG